AUGAAGUUCACCGCUACUACCUUGGCCGUGCUUGCUGCCGCCAGCGCUGUUGCCGCCGAGCCUCUCCUCGGCCAACUCGAACAGCUCGGCCAGCAAUACGCGAAAAAGGGUCAAGAACUAGCUGCUUGCGCCAAAGCCGGUUUCCAGCUCUCGUGCCACGCUUCGUACGAUAUCCCGGCAUCUAGCGCUGGCUCGUGCUGCUUCAACGGUGCGCUCGUCGAAGGCGGCAAGCAGAGCGGUCUGGUGCUCAGCACGUCGUUCUGGACCACCAACGCAGCUGAUACCGCCAACAACGGACCUAAGGACUCGACCACCAUCCACGGUUUGUGGCCCGACUACUGCGAUGGAACCUACCCUCAGUUCUGCUCGUCUGUCAGCGGCAUCCCCACUUACACUGGUGAACAGAUCGAAGCGGUGAUGCAGAAGUACGACCCUGCUCUGUACGCCUACUACCAGACCUACUUUAAGGAUCUGAACGGAGACAGGGCCGACUUCCUCGCUCACGAGUACAACAAGCACGGUACCUGCUACACCACCAUGCGUCCUCAGUGCCAGCCACAACUGCCCUGGAUCAGCCAAGCCGACUUCGCGAUGCUCAACUACUUCCGUCAGAUCGCUCACAAGUUCAAGGAACGUCCCACGUACAACUUCCUCCAGGCGGCUGGUAUCGUGCCUAGCGCCACCCAGAACUACACCUUGGCACAGGUUCAGCAGACUCUCAAGAACGCCCACGGCGCAACUCCUUUCGUCGGAUGCAACAAGAAGGGCGAGAUGAACGAGUUCUGGUACUUUUGGAACGUCCGUGGUCAGGUCAACUUUGGUCUUUUCGAGCCUGUCGAGUCAACCACGAAGUCGACUUGCCCCGCCAGCUUGAGGUACCUCCCCAAGCCUUGA